UGUGUCUCUCUCUCUCUCUUUCAGUGCGUGCGCGUGUGUGUGUGUCAAUAUUUUUUUUGUUCUUGCCGGAUCUCAUUUGUCAGCAUUUGGGUGAAUUUACGUGCGCGGUUAGCCGCUUGCUAAAACUGUAUUAUUCAGCGUUGACGUGCGACUAAUAAGACAGCAGCAGACCUUCAUGGUGCCGGGGCUGCGACUGUGUUGGAUACCAGCAUGUCCGUGGUGGGCAGCAGCGCUGCAAUAGGGGAACCGAACCCAGUCGAUGCUGCGUACGAUAGUGGCGACGACUGGGAAAUUGGCGUCGGAGAUCUGAUCAUUGACCUGGACGCCGAUCUCGAGAAGGACCGACAGAAAUUGGAACUUGGCGGAGCAGGAACCCUGGUGGGGAGUGCUUCUGCAACCGCUGGUGGCAAUAGGAAAGAGGCGGCAGCGGCGGCGGCGGCAGCAGCGGCGGAGUGUGUAGCCGCUGCCGAGUGUUCUGGGAAUAUUAAUCCCGACACAGCAGCUGGGACAUCUCUGACGGAGAGCAUGAAGCUCGCGGCUGCAGUCAUGCAGCCAACCCAGGCGAGCCCUGAAAAGGGCGGCAAAUCCAAAGUGAAGCGCAGCAAAAACUCCAAAAACGGGAGGAGGUCGCCGCCGCCGCCGCCGUCGUCGUCGGCCGCCGCAGCCGCCGCCUACGGUGCAGCGGAACGUGGCGGCGGUGGCAAGAAGGUGGUGGUGGUGGUGGACGCGCAGACGGUGCGGUCCGGAGAUGCGAGUGCAUCAUCUCUGACUUUAGCGAACGCCGCAGCCGCGACCAACAACACCAUAAACACUUCCUCCGGCGGCAGCAGCAGCAACAGCGGCGCUGCAAGCCGGAGUAGCAAGGAGGAGAAGCCGACCCGAGCGGGUCGUGGAGGCUCCAAGAAGGCGAAGAAGGAGAAGGAGGAUGUGCUGCAAUGCGUGUCUGGAGGAGGGGCGCUAAGCGGUGGUGGCGGCAGCAGCAGCCCACAGUUUCGGCUGGGAUCAAAGGGAGGUCCUUGCCACAGCGACAGUCUCCAGGGCAACAGUGGCCUGGGCAAGGAGGUGUCAUGCCGUCUCGCGGACUUCAGCAAGGCGACGACCCUCGACUCGGGCCUGCUGGGCAACUGCAUCAUCGUCAAGCAAGAAGACGACGACGCGGAUAAUGAAGACGUGCCCCAGCCCGCAGCCAAGAAAGUCAAGAGUGAAAAGGCCGAUUCACAAUUCGUCAUGCCAGCACCCCCACCACCUCCCACAAUGCUGCUGCCCUCGUCACCGCCCUGCGCACCCUCUCUUGUGGACUCUCUUGAGGUAGAGGACCCUCGGCUGAUGCGGCCUCAGCAGCAGCAACAGACUUUGUCCGGGGCGGUGGGAGGAGGAGGAGGAGGAGGAGGCAGUGGCACCACUCUAUGCCCCAUGGCAUGCUCUGCUGGGGGGGUGUGCGCCUCCACGCUGGUGGAAGCCGAGCCGGAAGAGCAGAUCCUCAUCCGCACGCGCACCGUGGGCGUGAGCACGUGCGAGGCGGCCAGCGUCACGGAGCCCGACUGCCUGGGACCCUGCGAGCCGGGCACCUGCAUCAACCUGGAGGGCAUUGUCUGGCAUGAGACUGAGAGUAUGCUGGUUGUUAACGUGACAUGGCGUAACAAGUCUUAUGUUGGGACUUUGCUGGACUGCACAAAACAUGAAUGGGCACCCCCAAGAUUUUGCGACUCUCCUACAAGUGACCUGGAGGCACGGGGGGGACGCGGCCGGGGUAAGAGAGCUCGCGCAGGCUCGAACGCCUCCCAAAACGAGAUCAACAAUCCCGGCGAGCCCCGAGCCCCACACGGCAAGGGCAGGGGAACAGGUGGCGCUAACGGUGGCAAGGGUCGCCGCGGAAGCCUCACCGCCAACGGACAGUGGAACUCGUCACACGUCAACACCGGGGACGAUGUGAAGGCGAGUCCCAACGGGAAGAGGAAAGGACGGCCUGCCUCCGACCUUCCUUCACCCCAGCAUGGGUUGGAGGAGGGCAGGCCAGGCAAAAGGUUAAGGCCAAGCCCAAGGACUACUAAUAACAAUCUAAUGACACCAAGUGUAAUAAACUCGCAGGCCAGGCUGGAGCUGACCCCUUUGGAGUCACAGAGCUACAAAACUCCAUCUUCGUCAGCUUCAUCGCCUGCCCUUAUCGACUGUCCUCAUCCGAACUGCAACAAGAAAUACAGGCACAUCAAUGGCUUGAAAUAUCACCAAGCUCACGCUCACUUAAAGAAUGAAAACAAGCAGGAGGAUGGAAAUGACAAUGAGGACAAAAGCACCGAGUCGGAGCACAGCAGCAGCCCUGUGAAACUAAAAGGUUGUGAUUUGAAUGGCAGUUCUGUCUCCUUAUCAAAUGGUAGCCAGUGUUUGGACCUCUUAAAAGAAAAAUCUAGUUCUCUGCCAGUUAGUCCACUUGACACAUCUUCUCCUGAGACUCUGCAUACAUCCCAUUCUAAGGGAAAAGGCCUAAGCAAAAGAGGCAUCCGAGAAAAUGGGACCAAUGUGAAUGGAGAUGUAAACCAGAGCGAGGACAAUGCUAGUGGCAGCCCACUGAGUGAAAUGCCAAAAUUGGAAGUAGAAGGCCCCUUUGGUGGUAAGUCUCCCAAGGAGGAAAGUACAGAAAAAUCAAAAAGAGUGACCAGCAUCAAAAUUGAGAAUAAAACAUCCCCAAAACCCAAGGCAGCCAGGCCAAUUGCCCCCGCACCUCCGCCACCCCAGUUGGUAGCUAUGCCGGGGACAAACUAUUCCAAUUCCCCCUCUGCGGGAAAUGCAGCGUCAAUUGGAAUUCAUGCCGCUACCGUGAUACCAACUGUUAUUAAAACAAUGCCAAAAAGCCCACCGCUUAAACCUAUUCAGCCAAAACCAGCUUCUAUACCGGAAAUUGUCGCUACAUCACCAAACAUUACUCCAACGAAAGAGAAAAAGAAAAAGGAUAAAAAGAAAUCCAAAGACAGAGAUUGUAAGGAGACAGUUAGCCUGAAGUUGAGUUUGAAAGUAAUCGGGAGAUCAGAUGAUGGCAAAGAUGGGAAAGAGUUUUCAGAUCCAUUAACAAAGGAUUACGUUGUUAAGACAGAAGGGAUGUUUAAUGGAUCUGCAGAGGUACCAGAGAAACGAAUAGCAAGUAUCAAAGCAGAGGCUGCCAAGGUGUACAAUUUCACAGACAAUGCUCCGAGCCCAUCCAUUGGCAGUGCCUGCCGUGUGGAGAGUGCCCGUACCAGCUUAUCAAAUGGGCGUCUGACUCCACUGCAUGCUGUUAUUCAGAAUGGUCUGGAGGGACUCAUGGCCUCAAACACCAACAGCCCAGCUUACUCGGACAUAUCGGAUGAUGGUGAAGACAGGGAGGGUGAGCAUGUCAAAAAGGUACCACCAACAAAAGUGCUUGGCUUCAACGAUGCAGAGCUUACAACUCUGGACACUCGUGCAAUACAGAGUGAUGAUCAGACGUCGUUUUACUCCGACUACAAUGCUUACUACUCGCCGUCGUCCAAGCUACAGUCCAACGUGAAUGCUCCCAAUGACAGCAUGCUGACCCAAAUUGGACAAAUUAAAAAGGAGGACGAUGGCUCAGGUUGUGGAAGUGGCAAUGGACAAAUGGUGGAGGGUGACAAACCUGACCUCACUUCGCAGCAUCAGUCCGUCAUCCAGCAGGGUGCCCCACUCUCUCCUCGGUCACUUUACUACCAGCAGUACGCGUAUGGUUAUGGUUACUAUGACCCCAGGUAUCGUAGCCAGCCGUUCAGCAGCACCCCGAACUCUGACCCGCCGACGGCAAUCAAACACAACGAGAAAAAGAGUAAGCAUCGGAGCAAAGACUUGUCAAAAUCUGGGGAGGGAAAGAGAAAGUCUGUCCCAUCAGCUACUGCUAGUGCCCCAAAGUCUGCCUUAAACUUUGACACUGCCAAAGGCACAGGUUCCGAAGUCCUGAAAGGAGGCUCUGUGUUUUCUGAAGAGCUGCCAGUGAUGUCUACUCAACAAGAGGAAGGUCUUGCAGCAAGGCAAACCCAAAACCACAUCCCCAUUACAGAGGAACUAAAGCCAACAACCGAAUGUGCUGACCACUCUGGAAUGGAUCAAAGUGGACUCUAUAAACAGGAAUUCGACGUAAACCAGUGGCAGCAGCUGUAUUAUGCACAGUACCUGGAGCAGCACCGAGCCGAAGAGGAACGCUGGAAGAAAAUGGAGAAGAAGCACAAGGAGGCGAACAAAGAGGGCGAGAGGAGUGAAAGCAAAGGGGACUCCAGGGAUGGCAAGAGGCCCCUGUCGGGCUCAAACGUGACCGACGCUGGGGAGGACAAGGACGAUGGGAAGUCGAGCUCGGCUUCAAAGGACUCUCAGCCAGGAGUGAACGCUUCAGGCUCCUUCCUUCAGUACAUGUCGCAGAAUCCUUACGCGCAGAUGUACGACCCCAACCAUCCCGCUUACCGUGGCGUGCCCCCCAUGAUGAUGCAUUUCUAUGCAGGAGGCUACCUUUCUCCAAGCCUGUACUACACUGGCUAUGGGAAGAUGUCUGGCCAAGAGGAAGGCGAAUGUGAGAGGCAGACGGGAGGAAAGUCCAUGGAGGGCAAGACUUCUGAUCAGCAGUCACCAAACAUGAGUGAUAAGUCGACCUUGGAGAAGGACAAAGAGGGUGGCGGAGAGAAGGGUAAAAAGCGCCUGACGCCGCCACCACAGAGGCACUCCCAUCACUCUCCCCACACGGGGGUGGGGUACCCCGGGCUCUCUACGCAGUACGAGCACUACCCAGCAGGAGUCCCCUCAGGUCCUCCUGCCACUGCCCAGACCCCGUCCUCUUCAUUUACAUCCCAACAGAGGUGAGAAAAACAGAGUGUAAAGGGACUGACGAAGCCUUUUACAGUAUCAUGUGAUUGGAUCACAUGAAAUAAUUCUAGCUGCUUUUAGACACAUCAGUUCAAUGGUGUACUUGUAUUUGCCUUGCUCUUGGCAGAUUAAACCCAAUUCCCCCAACCUUCCUUACUCUUUCCCUUUCCAGCUUUGUAUAAAGAUAUUGUUUUAUUACUGUGGAUUAGAGUUAAUUUUGGCCAAUAUCAAACCUUGAAAAAACAACUUAUUUUGUUUUGUCAACAGACUACAUAUAUGGCAUUGUCCGUUUUAAACUUCACAAUCCAUGUUGUAUUAAAAACAGAUGCUCAGUGUUCCUUCCAAUUAGUUUUAUUAAAAAAAUGUAUUGUUUUACAAUGGCGGUAUGUUAGUAAAGCUGUUAAAGGUGAUACUACAUCCUCUUGCGCUACUGUCCAUUUAAUCAUGCACAUGUGCCCGCGAGUUGUAACCCGCAUUUACCUUCCACCAGUGUCACUAUAAUUUAUUAACCGAUCUUUUACAUUGCAAAGCAAGAGCACGCUUGACAGUAAAGCAUUCAAAUACCAUGAGAUGUUCGAAACGCGUGUAAAAUGUAAUUUAUAAGCGAUUGGACCGUGUCAUCAUUUACCCGUUCCUCUGAUCCCAUUUGUUUACUCAUAGGAUGUCCAUUCAUGCACUUUGUAUCACAAUGCAUACUAGAAAAGAAAAAUGAAACGUUUGCACAUUUGCGCAACUAAUCGUAAAAAAUAGGCCUACCUGUAGAAACAAAGAUAUUGGGGGUUUUUGAUGGUGCUUUUAUCGCUGUUUUGUGAGAUUCCCCCCAAGCUGUGCCUCAUUGAAUGUACAGUAGCACACCUGUAUAACUUCCUUGCCCAUAACUGCAGUGCUAUAGGUACUGUGGUCAAGACCAUCUAAAGGCUGCUCAGAAAUUUGCUUCAAAACCGAUAUGUGAAUUUACCUUUGCCUGGACAUGCGCUGCUUGCUUUGUCAAAAAAUUUCACAUCUUGGCAACAUGAAAUUUGAAAGUGGCUGCCAUUAGAGAAAUUUUUUUACAUCCGUUGUUCGGACCAUGGUUGUAAAUGUGUUUCCUCAAGAGGUCCAUUUUUUUAGCAAGCCGGCUUUGUGUGUGUUUUAAUGAGCAUUUUCUGUGUUCAGUACAGUUUGGCAGUUACCUGUACAUCAUGGGUCAGGGUUUGUGUGUUUUGUUACUUGAAGCUGUAGUUAUUAUAUAAAAUGUUUACACUAGACACCUGUACAGUUUUUUGGACGUCAUGACAAGCUGUGUUCUGGUUUUAUUUUAUGUACAUUGCACAUGAAAAGUUUUACUUUUCAUUUUUUAAACUUGCCUUGUAUUAUUAGGCGGUUCAAUAAAAGAUUACUUUUUUGUACAAUG